GUCACGUGCCCCGAAGUGUUUGGUUUCCUGAGGCCGCGCGGGAAGGUGUGAGAGCUCCAGCUACCGGACUGCGGCGCACAGGUGGAAAUGGAUUUUUCCGAGGCAUAUACUGAUAGAUGUUCCUCCGUCGGACAUGCUGCUAGAAGAGGUGAUAUAAAAUCCUUGAAGAAACUAAUUAAAAAAGGGUAUAGCGUAGAUGUGUCUGAUAAUAGAGGAUGGAUGCCAAUUCAUGAAGCAGCAUCUUCUAACUCCAGCCGUUGCUUACAGCUGCUAAUUAAUUCAGCUCCCUCCAGCUCAUAUAUCAAAUCCAAGACUUUCGAAGGUGAAACCGCGUUGCAUCUCGCUGCCAAGUCUGGUAGUGUGAGCUGCACGCAACUUCUAUUGCAAGUCGGAGCUGAAAUGAACGAUGUCACUAAUGAAGAAAUAACUCCACUCUUCUUAGCUGUUGAAAGUGGCCACAAGGAUGUUGUGAAACUGUUGAUCAAACACAAAGCCAAUAUUAACGGGCCGCAUUCGUGUUCGGGGUGGAAUCCAUUACACCAAGCAUCUUUGAUGGAACGCACGGAUAUCAUGCAAAUACUUCUAGAAAGUGGUGUUGACAAGGAAUGUGAAGAUGACUUUGGAAUAACGCCCGUAUUUAUUGCAGCACAGUAUGGAAAAUAUGACAGUUUAAGUGUGCUCAUUUUGCAUGGUGCGAAUGUCAACUGCCAGGCCAAGGACAAAGCGACGCCAUUAUUCAUCGCGGCUCAGGAAGGCCACAAAAAGUGCGCAGAGCUCUUACUGGCCAAGGGAGCUGAUCCAAACCUUUUCUGCAAUGAUGAGAGUUGGCAGCUGGCUAUUCAUGCAGCUGCUCAGAUGGGUCGAAGCGAAAUUGUGUCCUUGCUGCUGCCAGUAACAGAUCGAAUCUGUGACACAGGGAAGGAUAAUGUGAGUCCUGUUUACUCAGCAGUUUAUGGAGGACAUAAAGGGUGCCUGCAGAUAUUAUUGAUGGGGGGCUAUUCUCCCGAAGCUCAGGAGAGCCCACAGUUUGAAUGUAAAACGCCCAUGUGUUUGGUGUUUCAAAGAAGGACCUUCGAAAUGGUGCCAUUGCUCCUAAAAAACGGAUUUAGGCUUUCAAGCGUGUAUUUGUUAAAAUGCUUGGAAUGUAGCAAUUUUCCAUUAUUUCGCUUCUUUCUAAGUCAACUUUGCCCAUUGUUGUCCAAGGAAGAGGCUUGCAAACUACGCUCUUAUGAACUGCAAGAAAACUACAAAGAAUGGCUGCCAUACUUACUGCUGGCAGGCUUCAACCCUUUAAAUCUGUUACACUUAGAGUGGAUUCGUUCUGUAAAUGAUGACAUUCUUAAUUUCACUCUGGAGUUCACUAAUUGGAAGAGGCUUACUCCAGCUGUGGAUCAGAUCUUGUCCACCCACGCAAACAGUUCCACCUGGAUCGCACCAAAGCAUUUUGAUUCCGUUCCAUCACUGGCGCACCUCUGUCGGCUCAGAAUACGAUCCAUCUUAAAUACCGGACGAUUACGACUUAAUGACUGCAUAAAACAACUUGUACUUCCUGUUUGUCUGGAAGCAUUCCUUCAUUACUCUGAAGUAUUAAAAAUGUAUGGCAUUACGUGGCGAGAGCCUAGUCAGGACAAUGAGCUGGAAAACUUUAAUGAAGAACUUGAAUGAAACCUUUCAAACUAAAUAGAUUGUUAUGUUCAGAGUCUCAGAGCCGACUGUAAUGCAGCUUUGAACCUAUUGUAAUAUAUGUAUAUAAACGGAAUUUAAUUAUGUUUCAACAUCUGUAGUUUGAACGGAGUCCAGCAUUGUCAUGGAAACUUCACCCUUAAAAAGUGUGUAAGAUUAAAAAAAAAAAAUGAAAAAAUCUGCACCUUUUGUCUUUUUAUAUCAGCAUUAGUUUAAGACUUUGGCUAUAGAAUUUUUUUUAAACGGUUGGUGUCUUUCAAAUUGCUCAAAAGAAUGCCUCUAAAUGCAAUUUGUUUUUCCAAGUUUAUGUAAAUCUUCAGAUCAAAGCUGAGGCGAUGUUUAGGAACAUUGAGUGACACUUACCUUAUUAACCCUCUCACAGCACAGUUGCAAUUUCUAACUGCAUGGCAGUUUACGUUCUUAGAUUCAAUCUCACUAAAACAGAG